AUGAGCUGUGGCCCGUUGGUCCGACAGAUGAUGGUUCUGUUCAACGUACUGGUUUCUCUCGGCGGUCUGCUCCUGCUGGCUGUGGGGUUCUGGGUGAGCGUGGGCGGCACCUCCUUCCUGCACCUCCUGGGUCCGUUCUCCACGCAGAUCCAGCUGUUCAUCAACGUGGGCUUCUUCUGCGUCUCUGUCGGGGUCAUCCUGGUUCUGGUGGGACUCCUGGGCAGCUGUGGGGCCCGGAAGGAGAGCAAGUGUCUGCUGAUCAGUCUCUCCUCCGUGCUCCUCAUCAUCUUCAUGGCUGAAGCUGCAGCUGGACUCGUGGUUUUCUCCUACGCUUCGUUCGCUGAGGAGAUCCUGGAAGCGUGGGCGACUCAGGCGCUGCAGAACGAUUACGGCAGAGACCCCGAGGUCACGCAGAUCUGGAACUCCACCAUGACCGAGUUCAGCUGCUGCGGUUUCUUCGGCUACGGCGACUUCUUCGGCUCCUGGUUCCAGGAUGAGACCCAAGGCGAGCUGCCGCCCAGCUGCUGCUGGACCCACAUCGCCCACUGCAGGCCAGAGGAGGCGGAGCUCUCGCCAGUGCAGGGCUGCUCCGGACCUGUCCUGAAGCUCCUCAGAGACCAGAGCCACGUCGUCGGAGGCGUCGCAGCUGGAGUCGCAGCGCUGGAGGUUGCAGGUGUGAUGCUGUGCGUGUACCUGUACACUCACCUGGACAAGGAGCAGCCGAAGACUCCUCUGGAGGAAAACUGA